AUGCCUAUUUGGACCAAAUCGUUAGCAAUUUCUUCUUUAAGAAACAAAAUCACCUCUUUAGGUGAUAAAUCUGUGGGCUAUUAUUGCUCACUUUCUCUUAAAAAUCUUCCUCCUGCUCUUGUUCUUACUGCUCAUAAUGAAUUAUCGCAAGAAAUUCAUAAAGUCUUGGCUAAUAAGCACAGUGAUUUCCUUUCGGAAAAACUCACUACGCUUCUUAAGGAACAAGAGCAUAUUCGUAAAAAUUAUGCCAAGCAAUUAGAUGAGAAGUUUAGUAAGGUGCAAGCUGAACUUCAAAUCAAUCAAUAUGAUGAAAAAAUAUUGCAACUUGACAUCGAGCAUUCUCUCGAUAUUGAGCCAGUAAGAAAAAUAGAUUCUAUUUCAUACAAUGAACUUAAUACUCCAUUUGUUAAAAACUAUUUCACGAAAGAAUCUAAUGCUUCUAAUAUUUUUGAAGCCACGAAAAUGAAAAACACCAUCAAACGUCGACGAAGACACCAUGGUAAUCGAUCCGCCCAAAAAGAAAAUCAAAAAAGGUCUGAUGAAACAAAAGAAACCAAAAACGACAACCAAAAG